AUAUAGUCCGAGUUGUCCGACGCGUCGCGUACAGCUGUUCACAGUCCCGAGUCCGGACCACCAAGGUCAGCUUCUGGGAAUCUGCCGAUAUAUAGGUACAUACACACGGCCACAUUAACGACGAUAGACGAGGAGGAGGAAGAAGCAACUUCUCGCGAGCGCGAAUAGAGCGGACAGCGGGAACAAGCGAGAGAGGGAUCGCGAGGAGCUCCGGGUCACGUGUCCGAUUCGGGGGUUAGCGGCAGAGCGGCUCUCCCGAUGACUCGCGCCGCCAGUCGGCUCGCGGACUUGCCACGGUCAGCAACACGCAGCUGCUAUACUCCGCCGUCGGAUCGUCAAACUGCUCUCUCUCUCUCUCUCGCUCUCUCGCUCUCUUCGACUCUCUUUCACUCGCGCGCCGCGCUUCUGUGCUGGAGGGGAAGAAGCGCCGACUGUUAUGGGAGACGCGUCGAUAUAGUGCCAAGUUCUUCCGAUAAAUAGUGGCCAAGUGGAAAAAUGGACGGCAAGGUACACGCACAGAGGCCAAAGAACCCAAGAGAAGGGGCUAAUCCACUAAGCACACUAACUUUUGGUUACAUCCUUCGACUAUUUUGGGUAGGCUACCGCAGGGAUCUUGACAUUCAAGAUCUCUACGAGCCGCUGAAAGAGCACACGAGCAAUCGAUUGGGCGAGAAAAUAGCAAGACUAUGGGAGCAGGAGUGUCAGCGCGUCAAGAAGAAACAGGAGACAAAGGCGAAGAACGGCAAAAAUGAUAAGAAACUCGAGCCCAGUUUACUUCGAGUCCUCUUGAGAUGUUUCGGUUUCAAGCUGAUGCUCUACGGAGUCCUACUGGCGUUUAUGGAGAUCGUCCUCAGAUUGCUGCAGCCGAUAUUCCUAUCCCUGCUGAUCGGCUACUUCAGAGUGCCCAGCUCGUACGUGCCGAUCAACGCCACAAGAGGACACACGUAUCUCAACGAGUCGCAAAAGUCAUCCGGCGCCGGCGACAUCGACGAGCCCAGAUCGGUUUCUCAGCCACUGCUCCUGGCGCGUCUGCUCAAGUACUUCAAAAGUGACAGCGAAACGACGGCCGAAGAGGCCUACCUCUACGCCGGUGGUGUCGUCCUCUGCUCUGCCUUAAACGUCCUCGUGAUCCAUCCGUACAUGAUGGCCAUUCUUCACAUGGGCAUGAAGAUGCGAGUGGCCUGCUGUACUCUGAUCUACCGCAAGUCUCUGAAGCUCUCGCGCACAGCUCUGGGAGAGACCACCGUAGGUCAGGCGGUGAAUCUCCUCUCGAACGAUGUGAACCGCUUCGACGUUGCCACGAUCUUUCUCCACUACUUAUGGAUAGGUCCAUUGGAGACCAUCAUCGUUAUGUACGUCAUGUUUAACGAGGUUCAGGAAUCAGCGAUCAUCGGAGUCGCCACGCUGCUUAUGUUCAUACCGCUGCAAGGCUUCCUUGGGAAGAAAUCCAGUUCUCUCAGGUUAAAAACUGCGAUUAGAACGGACGAAAGGGUCAGGCUGACAAACGAAAUCAUCUCCGGAAUACAGGCGAUCAAGAUGUACACCUGGGAGAGACCGUUCAGUGCGUUGAUCGCCAAAGCUAGAUACAACGAAAUCAAGGUCAUCAGGGGCAUGUCGUACAUCAGAGGAGCUAUAAUGUCGUUCAUUAUAUUCUCAACGAGGCUGUCAUUGUUCAUCACCAUCCUGGCAUAUGUGCUAUUCGGAAACCACAUUAACGCCGAAAUCGUAUUCAUGUUGACAGCCUAUUAUAAUAUUUUGAGGACGAACAUGACUGUAUUCUUCCCACAAGGAAUAACCCAGGUAGCCGAGGUGAUGGUUUCCAUCCGUCGUCUCCAGCGAUUCAUGUUGUACGAAGAGGUCUCAACCCGAGCCGAUCGUAGUUUAAUUUACCGAAAGCCUCGCUCGGACGACGCUGCGAAAAAGGCUAAGAAAGACAAGAAAGACAAAGCCAACGGUAAAACCAUCGAGGAGUUCACCCCUGUUGAUGACCCCGAUGCCGACGACGGCUCCGUCAAGUUGGAACACGCUUCGGCCAAAUGGCUCGACUUCGUGAAAGAGGACACGCUGCACGACAUCAACCUGGAGGUGAAGCCCGGAGAGCUAAUCGCCGUCGUGGGUCAGGUCGGCUCCGGCAAGUCCAGUCUGCUCAACGUUAUUCUGAAGGAACUGCCUCUCACUUCUGGCACAGUUCAGGUCAAUGGCCAGAUCGCGUAUGCGAGUCAGGAGCCUUGGCUGUUCGCCGGCUCGGUGCGACAGAACAUUCUGUUUGGCCGGAAAAUGGAUCAGCACAAGUACGAGCACGUUGUGAAAGUGUGCCAGCUCAAGAGGGACUUCAGGCUGUUACCUUACGGAGACAAAACUAUUGUCGGCGAAAGAGGCAUUAGCCUUUCCGGCGGUCAGCGCGCGAGAAUAAACUUGGCCAGAGCUGUUUACUCCGACGCGCCGAUUUAUGCCUUCGACGAUCCGCUGAGUGCCGUUGACGCUCACGUAGGAAAGCACAUGUUCGAUGAGUGUAUCGCGAAGUACUUGAAGAACAAAACGAGGAUUUUAGUUACCCAUCAACUGCAGUACCUGAGAACUGUCGAUAGGAUCAUUGUAUUAAAGGAUGGGGAGAUCAAAGCCGAAGGAUCCUUUGAUUCACUUGUCGCACGAGGCGUGGACUUCGGUCGCCUGCUUGAAAGCCAAACUGACAAACCCCACGCUGACGAUACCGGCUCGCUACCCCCAAGCCGUGGAACUUCUCGUCAAGGCAGUAUCACUUCUCUCAGCUCCUUCAUGACCAAUGAGAACAACCUUUCAUUCGACGACCCGAAGGAGGAGGAUGAGAUGCGCAGCUCUGGUAACGUCGGCGGCUGGGUCUACAAGGGCUAUUUUAGCGCCGGUGGUAAUUGCUGCAUUAUUGUCACUAUUUUCGUCCUCUUCAUCCUCGCCCAGUUUUUCGCCAGCGCUGGCGAUUUCUUCAUUUCUGAAUGGGUCAAGAUGGAGGAAAAAUCACCGUGGGUAGAAGGACCAAACGGCACUAUAGUACCAGACUGGAAAGGCCCGAUCUCCCGCGACAACUGCAUCUAUAUAUACAGUGGCAUAACCAUAUUGACGAUUGUCGUGACGCUGGUCCGUUCCUCAGCCUUCUUUGAUAUGUGUAUGCGCGCCUCACGAAACCUCCACGACGCGAUGUUUACCUCGAUCAGUCACGCUACCAUGCGAUUCUUCAACACAAACACGUCUGGUCGUAUCCUCAAUCGAUUCUCCAAGGAUAUGGGUGCGGUCGACGAGCUCCUGCCCAUUGCCCUCAUCGACUGUCUGCAAAUUGGACUAACACUCGUUGGUAUCAUUGUCGUUGUGGCGAUUUCCAAUCCAUGGCUCCUCAUACCCACCGUCCUGAUCAGCAUCGUCUUCUACUACCUUAGGGUUAUUUAUAUAGCGACUGGAAGGAGUGUGAAGCGACUGGAAGGAGUUACUCGAUCACCGGUAUUCGGACACUUGAGCGCAAGUCUUCAAGGAUUGGCAACGAUCCGUGCAUUCGACGCCGACGAGACUCUCAUCAACGAAUUCGAUCAACACCAGGAUCUGCACUCGUCAGCUUGGUUCAUCUUCAUCGCCACAUCUCGUGCCUUCGGCUUCUACCUCGACGUAUUUUGCCUACUCUACAUAGCUGUAGUAACAAUGAGCUUCUUCAUAUUAGGAGACGAAAAGGCUGAUGGCGGAUCCGUGGGUCUAGCCAUAACCCAAAGCAUUGGUCUUACUGGCAUGUUCCAGUGGGGAAUGAGACAAAGCGCAGAGUUGGAAAACCAAAUGACUUCUGUGGAACGUAUGUUGGAAUACAGCAAUCUCCCAAGCGAGCCACCACUAGAGAGCAUCCCAGAGAAGAAACCGAAACCCGACUGGCCCUCAGAAGGCAAGAUUGAGUUCAAGUCGGUCUUUUUACGCUACUCACCGUUAGACCCGCCUGUUCUCAAGAACCUCAACUUUGUCAUUCAACCAAAAGAAAAGAUCGGCAUCGUUGGACGUACUGGUGCCGGAAAAUCUUCUCUUAUUCAAUCGCUAUUCAGGUUGGCGGACGUACAGGGUCGCAUUGAAAUCGACGAAAUUGAGACAAGUGAAAUCGGUCUCCACGACCUACGUGGAAAGAUCUCCAUCAUCCCUCAGGAACCGUUCCUGUUCUCGGGCACUCUGCGCAAGAAUCUUGACCCGUUUGAUAGCUACGAGGAUUCAGUGCUCUGGCAGGCACUUGAGGAGGUUGAGCUCAAGGAGAUGGGCCUGACAGCGCAUAUCAACGAAGGUGGCAGUAACAUGAGUGUCGGUCAGAGACAGCUGGUCUGUCUUGCUCGUGCCAUUGUCAAGAAUAACCCUAUUCUAGUGUUAGACGAGGCCACGGCAAACGUUGACCCAAGAACCGACGAACUCAUUCAAAAAACCAUUCGAACCAAGUUUGAGAAGUGUACGGUGCUCACAAUAGCCCAUAGACUUAAUACUGUUAUGGAUAGCGAUCGCAUAUUAGUUAUGGACGCCGGAACUGCUGUGGAAUUUGAACAUCCUUAUAUCCUCCUGCAAAAGGAAUCUGGUUAUUUAAGGAGUAUGGUCAAUGAGACGGGAAAGAACAUGGCCGAAGCUCUCAUGACUGUCGCCGAAAACGCUUACAACUCCACCAGUAACACAGCUCUUUAGAGUGCCACUCAUCAUUCAGUUCGUGCACCAGUAUUUGCCACAGUAGUACUCGUGACGUCUUAAAAGUUGUUCGUUUAUUUUCAAACGCACGCCCCCGAAUUCUCAUUAGAAAAGAAAAUACGAAAUAAAGAUAAUAUAGGAGCAUGAACGCGAAACACAGCGCGCCGCUCGACAAACUCGAACGCUGAUGUGUAAAAAAUGGCACAGUAUUACUUCGUAACAGAUUUUUAUACGUCUUCUAUAUAUUAUUAUAUAUAUGAUUGUUGUUUUCAUUGUUGCAUUCGUGUAGAACUUGAAAAGAGCUGUCUGUCCUCGUAUUACAUACACAUUUGUACAUUUACUUUUGAUGUUUGUGGUUAUUUAGCAAUGCGUUUAAAUGUUAUUUAAAGGAAGAGACAUGAGCAAACAUUGGUGCUAAACCAAGUACAUAGAGAUAUAUUUACACAUAUUUUAAAUAUACAUGAUGUAUAUUUUUUCAUGAUGUCCGGUGCUUUUUGAUGAAAUGUGUACCUCCUCGCCAGAGAGGCUAAGCCUUGCAACUUCUUUUUAGAAUAAAUUUUUUAGGACUAAUGCUCGCUCCCAUACAAAGACAAUGAGCACAGACGCCCGAAUAGACUUAACGGAUUUAAUCUAAGUUUGAUACUUAAAAGGUUACUUCGCGUGCCAUUGUGAUUCUAAAGGGUCUUCGUAACGAGAGAGACGUUCCUAUUCUUAAGCGAGGCGAUUAACUCUCGCCCUCUUAACUGAAACUACUUUGAACUUAACAAGAGAAAGCUCGUGUUCAGCCAUGAAAAUCAAAUCUGAUUUUUAUCAUUAUACUAUUAUUAUUACGAUUAUUGUAACAAGAUAGAUGUAUCGUUAUUACGAUUAUUUUUAAGGUUUAUGUAUCGAUGAUAACAAUUCACGAAAUGGGAGUGAGUUGUCUUAAGUACAAGUGCCUGUACACUAAAUCAUGAAUACAAAUUUCUAUUUGUACUAUAUUAAAUACUGUUGUAUGUCUUAAGUACAAGUGCCUGUACUCUAAAUCAUGAAUACAAAUUUCUAUUUAUACUAUAUUAAA